GUAAUAUUCGCCGGUACGCAGACACCAUUUUUGGAACCACUAUCGUUUUCGAAAACUCGAUGCAUGAUUGUUAUUUCGGUGUUUUCCUUUGUUCGCCCGUCGUGCCGCCACCGCUGUCGUGCAUUUUUAACGCCGUGCGCUAACGUCUCACGGCCUUUUUGAGCGUUUUACGCGCCGCACCCGGGUAAAAAAGACCGCAUUUCGCACCAUAGCCGUGCGCCGUCAAUCCCGGUACGUUUCGUAGGUGUUUGCCCGACCGCUGUUAUUCUACGACGUUCAGUUUCCGCUUGCCGAAGACGCCGCCACCGCAUGCAAAGGCUCUUUUUCAUCCAUUGCUCGCACGUCACUCACGUCCGUCCGUCGUUGUCUGCUAGCCGCCAACGCUGACGCCGCUUGCUGGCUGCUCCGACAGAGCCCCGCCAUUGUCAGUUGUACCCAAUGCCUUAAGACUGAACGAAUUUACAUCAUUCCCUCCCCGAGUUUAGAGGUUGGCCCCCACAAGUAUUCGAGGUUGCCAGUGGCCACUAGCCCUUGUUGAUAAUGUCUACUACCCCUACCCCCCGUAGUCCUAAUAAUUCUGGCCGCCGAGGUGUGACUGCGACGUUACCUGCAGUUGCAGCCGUUCAAGCGACUCCACCGUCAUCGCCAUCCAUAGGUGGUGAAACUACCAAGGAAGUGAAACCAAAUCCAAAGAUGUCUAAAUCUCUUAGCACUUCGACUAAGAGGAUUCAAAAAGAACUAGCUGAAAUUACAUUGGAUCCUCCACCCAAUUGCAGUGCUGGACCAAAAGGAGAUAAUGUAUUUGAAUGGGUCAGCACAAUUUUAGGUCCUCCAGGCUCUGUGUAUGAAGGAGGAGUUUUCUUCUUAGACAUUCAUUUCACACCUGAGUAUCCAUUUAAGCCUCCUAAAGUAACAUUUAGGACUCGCAUAUAUCAUUGCAAUAUUAACUCUCAGGGUGUAAUUUGCUUGGAUAUACUUAAAGACAAUUGGUCUCCUGCAUUAACCAUCUCUAAGGUGCUGUUAUCAAUUUGUUCCUUAUUGACUGAUUGUAAUCCAGCGGACCCUCUAGUCGGUAGUAUUGCUACACAGUAUCUACAAAACCGUGAAGAACAUGACAGAAUUGCUAGGCUGUGGACAAAACGAUAUGCUACAUGAUUGAUCCUCGGAGAAACUUAAAAAUACAUAUAUAUAUAUAAAUAUACAUGCAAAAAAUCCUAAUUCCGUAUUUUAUUAAUGGGUGUUAGCAUGAUAAAAUUUUAAUCAUUAUUAUUUUAUAGUUGGCAUAUUUAAGACCUGAAUAUGAGUCAGUUCCUACAUUUUUCAUUUUUUCUUUUUUUUUUCUUGAAACAGUACUAUUUUAAACAUCAACAAGAUUAAAAAUGUUAAAUUAAUUUUAUAUAUAUGACUUAACUGCGCAACAUGUUAGGCUACAAUCCAUAACACAAUCUCAAAUUAAUAUGUUUUAUUUAUUUAAGUUUUAUAAUAGAAAAUGUAUGCUUUUUUUACAUGAUUUUAUUCUAUAAUUAAUGAAUUUGCUUCAAUCAUGUUUUAAAUAUUUGUUAUUUACAAACAAGUUAAGGUUACAUUUUUAAAUUGGAAUUUUUACUUUAUUUUAUAAAUAACAAUGUUACAAGUUGUGUACUAUUUAUACACAACUAAGUAUUUAAAGUCUAGACUGCUAAUUAUAUUUAAUUAACGAAAUUAUGAACAUUUUGUAAACGAAUUUCAUCUUAAUGACUUAAUGUAAAUGUGUAUUGACAUAGUAUACAUAUUUUUGUAUGUAAAAUAUUAUUUAACUAAAUUAAAAAUAUGGAUCAAUUUGUUUUGUAUAACUUAAUUUGUAUCUCAAAUAUAUUUAAUAACAUUAAAUAAAGCCUAUGGGUAUUAUAGUGAAAAUAUUUGUUUAAAUUAAUGAUUUAUAAUAUAUCGAAUAUUAGGCAAUACAAAAUUAUGUUUUCCAUAUUGAAUUACAUGUUACUACAUUCUAAGGUUUUUAUUGAAUACCCUUAGGCUAUUUAACUUCUAUUAUUAAAAUGUUGAUAUAGAAAUAUAGUAUUAUAGCUUAUUCUUGUCUGUCAUGCAUAUUACCAAUGUAUAAUUUUUAUAAUUUAUAUCAAAUAUUUAUGAAUGGUUUAGUGUAAGUUUAAAGUCAGACUGAUUGAUCAGUACUAUCUAUUUAUACUCUUUAUUUUCAUUCUCAAUGCAUACGUUAUAAUUCUGGUUUACAAUGGUGUUGCGCAGUAACGUUUUGUAUAAACAUUGAACUUUAAUUGUACACUACUUUAAACUGUUUUAGAGAAAAAAGUAAAAAAAUAAAAAAUGGGUGAGAAUUUUUAUCUUUUUUUUAAAAAUGCUUUGAAUACAAAUUGAAUGUAUAUUUUUUUAGCCAACUUAUUGGAAUUCAAAGUCAUCUUAUUUAAGUUGAUGUGUAAUUUAUCUCAUUCUUGUUGGUCUGAAUAUGAGGAUAUUUUGAAUUUACUAUUUACUGUGUAAUGUAUUACACAUUUACAAACAUUUUAGCAUAUCUAUAUAUUUAUAAGUUAUAUAUUAUAUAUUAAUAAUUAAAUUAAUAUUAAUAUUGUAAUAUUUAGAGUAAAUAAUGAAUAAAAAAUAUUGUUGUGAAAUAUUAAAUUGAA